AUGGACGGGGACUUGUUAUACGCGAUUAAUGGGGAAUGGGACUUACUGCUCUUGGCAAUACGUGAAAACCGUCAGGUAGCUCAGCGUACGGACGCUAGUGGUAUGACGGUGUUGCAUUGGGUCUGUUUGCAUCAGGACACGCCUACAGACAUUGUAGUGAAGGUGGUUUUUGCCAACCCGUAUGCUGUGCAUAUGCGCAAUGAUGCUGGCCAUUUGCCUAUUGAUUUGGCCGUUCAAGCAGAGUGUGGGGAGCGUUUUUUAGAAGUUUUGCGUGCUGCUGCGCAUGGCAGUCGAGGACCGGAAGAUGACGGUCGAGAAGUCUACGAACCUGAUUAUAUGGGCAAGGAGGAUGGAGAAUCAGUCACUGAAACUAUUGACUAUCAGCUGCCGUAUAACAACACGUUGCUGCAUGAUGAUGAUGAUGAUGAUAUUCGUGACGGCUCGGACUACCUGCCACAUCAGAAUCAUACUUACUACUACGGUGAAGAUAGUGACGUGGUGGACGAAGAUGAAUUUGAGUAUCAACAACAACACCGACAUUACCAGCUACCGCCAUUCCAACAACAACCUCUGCGCAGUAAUAAAAUCGAGAGGAGUUUAUCAGAUCGACAAGAUUCGUUCUUUGACCUACCACGGGACACCUAUGAGAGCACAAGUAUGAGUUAUGGCGGUUUCGUAUCGGAUCCUCAACGAGAUCAGAGCAAUAUUGUGUCGAGAAGUGAUCCCCAUGUCAAGUCUUUAUUGACAGAGCAACGGCUCCGUGAACGUGAGAACGAUUUGAUCUCGAUUGCAACGGCUGAAGAUUCCAUGCCGCUUGGCAUGUUUGACUCAGCCAAGGGUAUUUCUAACGUGACUAAUUUUCACGUGCCCACAAAAGUCAACGUUAACCGUGGCAACGUCAAUAUGACCUCAAGAAGUCUAUGUGCAGGCCCUCGCAGCAAGACGGCGUUCCCGCCACGAUGGAAGCAGUCGCGCAUGUGUCACGUGUGUGCAUGCGGAUUCACACUUGUAAAACGCCGUCAUCACUGCCGUAAUUGUGGUCAUAGUGUAUGCUACCAGCACUCGACGAACCGUGUGUCAUUGCCCAAAUUUGCGCUAUCCGAGCCGCAGCGCGUGUGUGAUCAGUGCUUCCUGAGUGGCCACCACAUCAUGAUACCGGGUCCAACGGCCACGCCAUCCAUUACUCGAUCGUAUCAAUCUUUGCCGGCCCAAAUACAACGAGAAGGGCUGCAACACCAGCAAUAUCAGCUCGAAUUCCAGCGCAAUCAAGAGACAAAGGAAGAGCCCGGUUGUUGGCAGAAGAAAGCGGCGUAUGAGCAGUGCUUUGAUAAGUGGUAUACGGAUGUAUUCUUGCAGCAGAAGGCACAAGGCGAAAUUGGCUGUCAGAAAGAAUACGAAGCUUACAAGCGCUGUUAUAUGAAUGAGCUACAUAAGAACAAAACGCUUAUGGAGAGUAUCAAGUCGGUCAUGCAGCCCGAGGUCAAGAAGCGUUUUGAAACACAGGCAGCUAAACAUCAAUAG